AUGAAUGAAGUAACUUCGCUUCAGGACCUCAAUCCUACACUUGUUGAUGGAGCACCUUUGGAUCUAUCACAAGAAGAUGUGCCAAAUUUGGAAGGACAAGCAUCAGCAUCUUUCAAUUCUCCAUUGAUGCAAGACAACGAAUUACCAAAAGGAGGAGACUAUCAGCCUGAAAUGUUUGAUGAAAACAUUUAUCUGAGCUUCUCAGAAGAUGAAGACGGAAAUAUUAUUUGCGGGAUCUCAGACUUUUCAGUUGCUAAUGCACCCAACUUGCCGCCCUUGGAUUUCGAACCACCUUCUUUCAGUAAUCCAUCAAUGGGUGCAGCAACAUCUGCUUUUCCAGCAGUGCAGGAGCAUGUGGAGCCAGGAUUAUUGGAUGAACCUUGUCUAAAUCAUGCAAACUCUGGACAGAGCAUGGUGCAGUCUGCAUGCUCAGCUUUUGACCCUUUAAGUGGGAAUUCUACAAACGCAGGGCAAACUAGAUCAUCAUUGGUUAAUCCUGCAUUACCAAUUCCAACACAGGUAUACUCUCCAGUGAAGAUGGAAAUGAUCCCACAAAACGUGAUGAUGCCACCAUUUUCAAUGGAAAAUGAUGUCAACUGGACACCCAAUCAGUUCAAUUCUCAAGCACAAGAUACAUUCCCAUCUGAGCUUCUCUUGCCGCCACCGGUGGUUCCAGUCAACCAAAGCUCCAUGUUAUGCAAUGCUCAAGUUGGACAGAACAUGGUGGAUAACAAUGUGAUCAACAAUAGCAUUCAACAUACAACUCAGUUUCCAACUUCAUUUCCUCAAACCAUGACACCAAUGGGAAUUUUAGAUGGAACAUCGUCCUGGAUCAACCAAAAUGAACCAAAUUGGCUUCUUCCUAACCAGAACACUCCAUCAGAGUACAUAAUGUAUCAGCCUAAUCAAAUGAUGGCAGCUAAUGUAUUUGAUCUCCAAUGCACCAAUCCCAUGCUACCAGGAUCAUCUAUGCCUUUGAGGCACCAGCAGUUGUCUAAUCAGUUCCUAUUGAGCAAUCAAGUGCCUGGGAUGCUACCUGGACCUCAACCUUCUAUGAAUCAAAGGCCCCAACAACUCCCAUAUCAAUUUAAUCAAGUUCCAGUGACGACUAACGUGUAUGAUCCGCAAGGUUCUAUGAUCAUGUUGCCAGAGUCUUCUCCAACUUUGUGGUUCCAACAAAUUCCUCCUCGCAAUCUUCAAGUUUCAGGAGAACAUGAUGUAUUGAAUUCACAAUAUAAUAACUCUAUGUUAUUCGGUCCUACUGCAUCCUCAAGGCAUCAGAACUCCUUCACUCAUCAACCUCAGCCGGGACAAGUCUAUAUGACACCGAAUGCAACCACUUCACAACAUGGACGUGGCUUCAAUCAACCUGAAACUUCUUUGAUUGCUCCUUGGAUUCAAUACUUUUCUAAUCAAGGCCAAGUCAAUAAAGCUGCUGUUAUGCCUAACAUAGAUAAUAUGCAACAAGAGAACUUGGUGCCAUGGAACUUUGGCAACUCUACUUGGUCCCAGACGGAUAACCUACAAGUCCAAGGAUUGCUGAAUCAAUCAAAUGCCUCAAAUUUUGGCCUCGAUACUUCCCUGCAAAGUCAAAUUAUGGGUUUAUAUACUCAACAACAAAACAAGGGUAAGAGCACAGAAGUAGUCUCUCAUCAUCCGGAUACGGUGUCACUGUUGAACAACCGCAAUGAGAACAUGAUUUUAGGAAGUCGUAGCCAUGGAAACAGCCAUUACGAAAUUGGAGAAUCAUCAUCUGCUAAACGCCCAAGGACGGAAUCGACACUGAGUACUGAAGAUCAAGAGAGCUUGGAUGUUUUUAGUUGUGAUUCAGGGCAAGCUAAAAGUGCCAUAUACGAUCCAUUGUUUGAGGGGAUCGGUCUGCAGGUUGAUCCUCAUUUGAGGAUGCUUGCUUUGCUUUGA